UCUCCCCACUCCCAGCCGGCCCCAGCGCGUCGCCGGGAGGCGCCGCUAGGGGGCGAGAGCGGGCGGAGCGGCGUGUCCUGAGCCGGCUUCCGUCGGGCUCUGAACCGGGCCCGGGAAAAGCCGGGGGCCUGCAGCAGGAUGUGCUCCCUGGCGCUGUUCCCGCCCCCGCCUGCCCCCGGAGAUGUCACCCUGUACGAGUUUAACAACGCGCUGGUCUCCGGCCACGUCUAUGAGACGCUCCCGCUCGCUUUCCAAGACCAGUUGGCUGAUCUGCCUGUCCUAACCAUCCCCAAGGAAACUCUGAAAGCUCACAGCCGGCUGGAGCAUAGCACAAAACCCGCCUUCAUCCACCACCAGGAGACCCUCUGGAAGAGAUGUCUCAAUGCAUGGCGCGAUGUGGGAAUGUGUGGGGUGCUUAACGAGAUAGCAAACGCGGAGGAGGCAGAUCUCCAGUGGAUGAAAACAGGAUCACGCUGGACUUUGGCUCUGUGCCACUGGGUCUCCUCUCUCCACGGCUCCCUAUUUCCCCAUUUGUCACUAUGCAGCGAAGACAUGAUUGCGGAGUUCUCCCAGGCGGUGGACUGGGCUGGCUGCUCCAUCCGGGCUUUUGCCUGGCACCCUCACUCCAGCAAGUUUGCAGUGGCCCUUUUGGACGACUCUAUCCGAGUUUACAACACAAACAGGUCUCCCCACUCUCCAAGUGGGUCCCAGCUGGCAAGUAAAGGCAUCCUUAAAAGAAGACUUUCCCAGCUCCUUCUGAAAUGUGGCCGGCGUUCUCCACAGGCUGCAUCCCCUGGCUGGGCUUUCUUGCCAGCCUGUGCCAAAUCACACCCAAUAACUGCUGGGCCUAGGCUGCCGGCAGCACCGGGCGCGCCGCUUAAACAAACUAGCACGACGGUCCCCAUCCUGAAACACCGCUUGCAGAGGAAUGUGGCUUCAAUGGCGUGGAAGCCACUGUGUGCAUCCAUCCUCGCCGUGGCAUGCCAGAGCUGUGUCUUGGUUUGGCACUUGGAUCCUACUUCCCUUUCCACCAGGCCUUCCUCUGGCUGCGCCCAGGUGCUUGCCUACCCCGGUCACAGUCCCGUCACCAGCCUGGCAUGGGCCCCCAGUGGAGAGAUGCUGCUCUCGGCCUCGCCUGUUGAUACAGCCAUGCUCGUGUGGGACGUGUCCACGGAAAACUGUGUCCCGCUACAGUGGUUUGGAGGUGGUGGAGUCACUUACCUUGCUUGGUCACCUGAUGGCAGCAAGGUGCUAGCAACCACACCCUCAGCAGUGUUCAGGGUGUGGGAAGCUCAAAUGUGGACGUGCGAGAGGUGGCCCACCAUCAAGGGGCACUGCCAGACAGGGUGCUGGAGCCCUGACGGCAGCCGAUUGCUCUUUACGGUCCUGGGGGAGUCUGUCAUUUACUCCUUGUCCUUCUCAGAGUACAGUGGUGAGAUGCAAGGGCAAGUUGGAGGGUCAAAAACGGCAUCUAUUGUGGCAGACCUGUCUGAGACCACCUUCGAGAUGCCAUAUGGGGAGGAGAGGAUCGGAGGGGAAGUGCACUCCAUGGUCUGGGACCCCAGGGGUGAGAGGCUUGCGGCUCUCAUCAGAGGGAAUUCUGAAAGCAGGACAAUCGUUGCUGUGUUUCGUACCCGCAACAGCCCCGUGUUCGAACUCCUGCCAUGUGGCUUCCUGCAGGGUGAGCCAGGGGCUCAGCCGCAGCUGAUCACCUUCCAUCCCUGCUUUAAGAAAGGGGCCCUCUUGACUGUGUGCUGGUCUACAGGGAGGAUCAGCCACAUCCCAUUUUUCUUUGUGAGUGCCCAGUUCCCCUGCUUCAGACCCAGCCACAGUCCUGUUGUGGCCCUGAGCAGCAGCAGUGCCAGUGUGCGGGAGCAGCCCUUGUUUUCGGAGCUGUGAAGAGCGGAGCAGGGGACCCUUGGGCUGGGCUCCAUUUAAACCCUGCUGGGCCUUUCCUUACAUGCUAAUUGUGCUGUUUAAGGAGUUUCCUUUCGCCCUGCUGCUGGGUAACUACUUUUGUUUGUUUGCUCCCUGUAAUGGUUACUCCUCCCCAGCCUCACUGGGAAGAGAGAGAUGGUCCCAGCACAUCCACUGUGGUCAGCUGGGGAGGCAGCAUAUGCUGGACACUGAUGGAUUUUAUAAUUUGUCAAGAGAGCCCCGAGUCUGGAAGGGGAGCAGUUUUGUUUGCUGUAUAAAUUUGAUUGAAGGAGCCAGCACAGGGCAUGAGGCCCUGCUUUUUAAAGUGCUUGGUGCUGUCUGGAUUAAAGAUCACACUUCCAUUCUGGCUUCCGUUCUCUUGUACUUCCCAACGUGACCUGAAUGGCACUUGCUUUGCAACCACAGCAGCUCAAGGCUGUACUUUUGGCUCCCAGCUUCCAAACGGCUGUCUGUAAAAGGCUAAGUCGUAUUUGCGCUGGGGUGGCUCAGAGCCCUGGAGCUAUUUAACCCAGGGAGUUGCUCCUGGCAGGUUUUGAAAGAACUAGCACUUCCCAAGUGCCUUUCAUCAACAGCCACCUGGCCUCAGUUCUGCACUUGGUCACAAAUGGGGCAAGUGUUUUACAGCUUAUGUCUGUUCUGCUGUGUGGGUGCAGGCGUGCGGUAACACCUGGGAAAGCGGCAGGCCUGCUUGGAGCUAGGGGGCCUGUUCCUAUUAGGCACUGCUGGAGGGCUUUAAAAACAAGUGACACCUCUGUGCCAGGUCAGUAUUAUCGCUAUUGGGCUAAACCAAGCAUACAGUGUGGAUCUCCAGCCCCCUCUACUGUCUGGAUUACAUAGUGGUGUCUGUCACAGCCUGAGCACACUUGGGUCUUUCUGUACAGCCAGUGAAGGCUCCUAGUUUGGGAUCUAAAAGAUCCUAGGUUAAAUCCCUCAUACUGACAACUCUCCCAUAGGUGCAAUGUUACAUACAGGUGGGCAACUGUGAGCCUGAAGUGGGGGAGUGAUGCUGCGCAGUCAGAGGUGGUAGUGGAGCCUAAGAGUCCUGCCCGUGUGACAUUGCUUCCUUUCUGUAUUUUGGAAUUGAGUGCCCUGUUCCUGUUAAUGGGAACCAGGUGUCCAAAUCUGCUAGGCAGCUCUGAAAAAUCUCAGUCCAUCUUCCAUAAAAGUAACAGAGCUGUUCCCAUGAGAGAGAAUUCUCAGCCCCCAAGCCAGAGUCUCGCAUGUCCAGGGAUAGUUCAUAAGGGGUGACAGAGAGAGGUGGUGUGUAGGGAUAAUUCUGAAAUUAAAAGAAUUAAAGUUUGGUUAAGAAAAUGACCUAUUUGCUUUAUAGUUCAUGGCUAGCAGGGAGAAGGCCGCAAUCAACAAGUAGAAGGCUGUGAAAAUAAUUAGUAUUGUAGUGUGGGAAGGAUGUAUGGUUCCAAAAGUAACUAAUGAAGAGCUGCAGUAACAAGACAACGAAAAAAUGUCUUAAAAGAAACCUGCACAAACCUUCCCACAGGUCUGCUGGUAAGCAAGGAGGGGAGGGGAGAGGAGAUAAGGGAAGACCGUGGAGGGAGGAAAGUACCAAGGAUAAACUUUCAAAUUUGGUUUUUGCUAAAGCUAGCAAGUUAGCUGAAGGGUCUUUUUCAGACCCGACCGGAUCAUAUUGAGGCACGGCAGGGUGAGAUGGUUUUCCCUAGGACUGGCAUAUUUGUAAGUAUACCGAUCACAUGCUUAUGAAUACUUCGUUACUGUAUUGGGUGUAGGGACUGCUUAGGCAUGUUUAGAGCCAUUGUAUAAAAUACCAUUUGGCCUUUGGAAUUAAUAAAGGAAUUUAUAGUUGAA